UAUCACUAUUGUGCGCGUAAUCAGUAAUCGGAAAUGAACGAGUGAUAAUCGUUACAAGAAAUGAAAUUAUGUGAUGAACGUUGAAAAAGUUUCAAAUAUUACGAACAUAAUGAACAUAAUUAUAAAAAAUAAUUCAAUCGGCUUUAAAAAUGAAUGACGGACAAUCCGAAGACAUGAUGAUGAAUCAAUCAUUCAAAGAAAAUGAUACCACCGAGCUACUCCAGAACUCCAACGUUUCCAGAGAUCACAUUCCAGCCAAAAAUAUCAGAUUGAGGAACAGUGAUCCGAAAGGAUUGUGUAAUUUUCGAGCAUUUUUCUUCCUCGUGUUAUGGUAUAUUUUCAGUGGAUGUACUUUAUUCCUGAACAAGUAUAUUUUAUCUUACAUGCAUGGAGAUCCGACUAUACUUGGAACUUUCCAAAUGCUGAUGACGACUGUAUGCGGAUUUAUUCAGUUAUUUAUUCCUUGCGGUAUGUAUAGUCCUGUUCAACGCACAAGUCAUCCACCUGGGUUUUACAAACACAUGACAUUUGUUGGCUGUACGAGAUUCAUAACUGUAUUAUUAGGUUUAAUAUCCAUUGAUUACGUCGCUGUAAGUUUCACCGAAACUAUAAAAAGUUCUGCACCAAUAUUCACUGUACUGAUAUCGUGGAUUAUUUUAGGUGAAGAAACAGGAUUCUACGUUAAUUUAUCCUUGAUUCCUGUCAUGGGUGGAUUAGCUCUAUGUUCAGUUACGGAACUGAGUUUUAAUUUCAUUGGUUUUGUCGCAGCGAUGGCUACCAAUUUCACAGAAUGUUUACAAAACGUGUAUUCUAAAAUGUUGAUAAGUGGAGAAAAGUUUCGGUUUACACCUGCCGAACUGCAGUUCUACACGAGCAUGGCCUCAAUCGUUGUACAAAUACCAGCCACUUUCUUGCUAGUCAAUAUUAAAGAAUUUUUAAGUACGACGGAAUUUCAUACUUAUUUAGCCUUUAUAUUGAACGGAAUAUUCUUCCAUUUUCAGUCAAUCACAGCGUAUGUUUUAAUGGAUUAUAUUAGUCCAGUAACCCAUAGUGUUACCAAUACGGUGAAGCGAGCUUUCCUUAUUUGGUUAUCAGUGAUAAUGUUUGGAAACCCAGUAACAUUUUUGAGUGGUCUUGGAACUGUGAUAGUUAUUAUUGGAGUUACGUUGUACAAUAAAGCGCAAGAAUACGAUAAAUUAUACAAAUUGGCAAAAUAUAAAUCGGACGAUGAGUCUUCAAUGAAAGUAAGAUCAAUUUGAUGAUCUCUAUGGAAACAGAUGUUCCUAAACCUAUGUGAUAUUUCAUUCCCAUGUCCGGAUUUCCAUACUUGAAAAUCUUUUCGCUUGAAGAAAAAAACGUUGCAAAAACCACCUUCGUUCUACUUUUUAAUGUGUUAUUCAUGUGUGCUGUUUGCAAUUGUUUGCUUAGGUGUUAACAUCGUUGAACGAAUUGU